GUUGACGUUAAACCCGCUUAGUGUAAAGCAAGACUAAAUAAAAUUGCAUUCGUAUAUAUACGCGGGAGUUGUACGCUCCUUAGUAAUUCCAUUUACGUCGUUCAUAAUGAAUAAGCUAGUGUUUUUCCUCACUUUGUUCCUCUUGCAAGUGUACUGCGAUGCGCGCGAAGGUGCGAAUGUAAUGUGUUUACAAGAACUCAAAACUGGAAUGUGCUUCGGAUAUUUUCCUAGAUAUGGGUACGAUCCUUCUAUAAAACAGUGCAAGAAGUUUGUCUACGGUGGUUGUCAUGGCAACCAGAACAACUUCGCGACAUUAGAAGAAUGCGAAAAGACUUGCACAGGACUCAAUUAAAACAUUACAAUAAAAACGAUGACAAUAAUUGUUCUAAAAUAACGCUUUAAAAUUAAGCGUCUUUUACAACUUCUAUGCUUGAAACACUACACUAGUAUAAAACAGUGAUGUUGCUGAAGCAACAAUUAGUAAGCUCCCAUGCAAUUGUGUCGCGUUCCGGGAUCAGCUUGUGUAUAUCGGGUUCCAAAAGUCGGCAUAGUUGUGUCGACUGUUCAGGAGUAAUCAUUUCUCGUUUAUCAACAUUCUAUUGAACCCUACUUUACAUACCAUCUGGUGCACUUUGCACGUAUAAAAAACAAUUUCUCGUAGUGUUUCUCGACAAUAAAUUGACGGCAUUCGUGCUACAUCUACCUUUUAUGACAAUUAAAUUAAUUGGAUAUGUUUG